AUUUUGCUGGGUUUUGGCGGCGCGCUUGAGAGAUAGAUGCAAGUCGACCCAGACCACGACAAUGUGCACGACGGCAACGUGUCCGACGUUGACAGAGAAACCGAGAUUGACGAUGACGCAGUGGACCAUGGAGAGGAUUCUGCUGACCAAGACGAGAAACAAGUAACCGAGGCGAAGGAAGACGAUACGGCAGACGACGAGUCACAUGCUACCCUUGAGCAGGACGUCUCCGUGACAAAGCUAGCGAAGCCUCUGUCGGCCUACUUUCACUUUUUAGCGGCAAAUCGCGCCAUCGUUGUCGCCGAGAAUCCAGGACUUGGCAUCGGUCCCGUGCAGAAGAUUCUCAGCACGAAAUGGAACGAACUUUCUGCCGAAGCGAAGGAACCAUUCACCACGAUGGCCGCGGCGGACAAGGAGCGCUACCUCAACGACAAGCAAUCGUUGAUGGACCAGGGCAUCGACAUCGAAGCAGCCCCAAGAGUCCCUCGCAACGACGAGUCCUUGUUGACUCUCCCAAGCGCCCGGGUCAAGCGCAUCAUGCUCACCGACCCCGACGUUAAUAAACUCUCGAAAGACUCUGUGCUUGCUGUGACCAAAGCCACUGAGCUAUUCAUUCACUUUUUGGCGACCAAGGGCCACGACAGCGCGACCAUUUCCAAGCGAAAGACAGUCAAGGACAGCGACGUGCUCACUGCCAUCCAUUCCCACGCAGUGCUCGACUGGCUCCGCGACGACUUUCCCGAGUCGAAAAAGGUCCCCGUGGCUGCCAAACUCUCGAAAAAGUCUGCGGCUCAUAGUAAUGUGGCGGCCACCGAAGCUUCGCCGUCGUCGUCCUCCUCUGCCAAGUCCAAGAUCACGUCCUUCUUUUCAAGAGAUUAACUAACCUAUGCUACUACUAGUAAAUACUACAGUACUACUACCAAUGAUGCAUACAUCAGA